GUGCCUGGAACAACCUGGGUAGUAGAAGAGUCACACACAGACCUGGUGGUGAUAGGUGGUUGCAGAUGAUGGGGCACAGUCUGGAUCACACUGCAGCUCUGUCUCAGAAGAUGUAGGAUCUCUCAGAGCUGACCUCCUCUUCACAACUCUCUCUGGAGUCAUCUCCCCGGAUAUCCCAGCUGUCUCCUCCUGCUCCCUGAUCAGACCUGGAAACAUCAGAGGAGACCUGUGCAGGUUGAGCUCCUAGCAGCUCUGCAGUCACAUAUAUCCUGGAUCCUUCACUUCAACUCUGCCAGUUCUGUGCAGACCCCCUGGGUGAGCCUUGUGCCUGUGCAGGGUUCUGCUGCCAGUGCCUCUGAUGCCGGUGGAUGAUGAGGGCACUGCUGGAAGAGCUGGGGGUCCGGGCAUUGCUGUUCGGGGUCUUUGUGUUUACAGAGUUUUUGGAUCCUUUCCAGCGUGUUAUCCAACCAGAAGAGAUCUGGCUGUAUAAAAAUCCCCUGGUACAAUCAGACAACAUACCUACACGGCUGAUGUUUGCCAUUUCAUUCCUGACACCACUGGCUGUCAUUUUUGUGGUGAAAAUUAUCCAGCGAACGGACAGAACCGAGAUUAAAGAAGCUUGUUUGGCUGUCUCCCUGGCAUUGGCACUGAAUGGAGUUUGCACUAAUACUAUCAAACUCAUAGUGGGAAGGCCCCGUCCUGAUUUUUUUUAUCGGUGUUUUCCUGAUGGGGUAUCAAAUGAAGAAAUGCACUGCACUGGAGAUGCCAGCCUUGUGUCCGAGGGCAGAAAGAGUUUUCCCAGUAUCCACUCUUCCUGUGAGUAA